AGAAGCGAUUAGAGGGCAGGAGAAGAAAGGGCGGGAGGGUUUUGUUCUUCCAACUUUUUCACAUUUCCCAAUUAAACGCCUCCAUUUCUUCCUCCUCCAACUCCUCCGAUGGAAGGUGAAAUGGGGCCCAACUCCGUUGCUGCCGCCGACACCGCCAUCGUUUCCACCGCGGCAUCUCCGCCGCAUGAUUCCGAUUUCUCUCCCGUUGGAUCUCCUGAUGAUACCUUGCCUGUGCCUGAGGUUCACGCUCUCCCGUCUGAUGAGGAUCACGACCAGGAAGAAGACGCCGGUGCAGAACACGAUCACGUUCAAGAUCACCCGUCUGGGUCUACGGAUCAAACCGAAGUCAUCAAGCAGAAGAUUAUUAAACAGGUGGAAUACUACUUUAGCGACGAAAAUUUGCCCACAGACAAGCAUAUGCUAGGUUUGAUCAAGAAAAACAAGGAAGGUUUCGUUCCCAUCACAAUUAUUGCUUCCUUCAGGAAAAUGAAGAAGCUUACUCGGGAUCUUUCAUUUAUUGUUGCUGCACUCAAGGAGUCUUCCUUUUUGGUUGUGAGCUCAGAUGGGAAGAAGGUGAAGCGUCAUCAUCCUUUUCCAAUUGCUGAGCUUAAGGAUCCAAAGUUAUGCUCUGUUCUGGUAGAGAAUCUUCCAGAGGAUCACUCAGUACUGAACAUCCAACGAAUAUUUGGUGAAGCUGGGAAGGUAAAGAAUAUCUCCAUACGUGAUCCGCAUGCUGUGGAAGAGUCAAAAAAAGGAAGCAAAGCAGAUAUUUUAAUCAGUAGCAAGUUGCAUGCUAUUAUCGAGUAUGACACGGUUGAGGCUGCUGAGAAAGCUGUGGCUACAUUAAAUAAUGAACAGGACUGGAGAAAUGGCUUACGAGUAAAGCAUCUUAAGCGAAUGGGAAAGUAUGGACAGAGAAGGCAAGCCUGGAGGGAAUCUGAUGUGGAAAAGAAUAGCACUGGUCGCCCAUCUAAUCAACCAGUAGAUGAGGAGAAUCGUCACUGUAGUGAGCACCAUGAUGAUACACCUGAUGAAGAGGAUGGCGAGCAUUUAGCGAAGGAGAAAAAUGGACAGAGAAUUCGCAAUCGGGGACGAUCGAGGAGGAACAAAUAUCGUCCCACUAAUGGGCUGGGUCAUGGAAGUACAUGUGCAGCCCAUGCCGUUGAACAGUCGAAGCCACCUCCUGGGCCUAAAAUGCCUGAUGGAACCAGAGGUUUUACAAUGGGAAGAGGACGGCCUCCUGUAGCUAAACAAAAUUAGCAAAUGAUAUGAGAAACUACUAUGCUUAUUUGAUGGAAUAGCAUAGCAUAUAGCAUAAUAUUAUGUGAGAGAUGAAUGCAAGUGAAAGAUGGAUUAUGGGUAUUUUAUAUGGCAAAAGGAAGAUAGUGGUAGUGUAUGUACAACUGGUUUGUUUGAACUGUAUUGCGUUCUGGUUUGGAUAAGAACAGGACGUCAGCAGUACUAUUCCCAUGAAAAUGUUUUUGUAUUUACUUGUUAGAUAUGUAAAAUUCUGUUUAGUUGGAUUGGAUUAAA